AUGCGCGCCCUGCUUCUACUCGCGGUCAGUAUCCUGGCACCUAGCGCCGGCCUUGCCGUGCCGCUUGCCGACAACUCGCUCUCCACGCGGGCUCCGCGGGAGAACCUGUGCAGUCUGAAGCAGCCUCCGGAACUGUGCAAGCCCGACCCGAGCGUGACUGUGGAGGAGACCGCCCAGCGCGCCUACGAGUUCUACAAGGCGUUCGUGGUCGAUGGCGACCCGCGGAAGAUGUUCUCGCUGAUCGACUCUACCUACAAGCAACACCAUGCAGGAUACGCUGACGGGCCUGGCGCCAUCUGGUCCCUUUUCUGCAACGGUCGACCAGCUGGAACUGCGGCCAAUUCGAAGUGGUGCUUCGAUGCCAGCACGAACAUGUCGUACGCGCAGUACGGCGUGACUGACCGAUGGCGCUGGGUUGACGGCUGUGUUCAUGAACAUUGGGACCAAGGAGAGAGGAUCCCGGCGGAUAAGUGCUACAAACUGAACACCACGUCGCUGGUCUGA